GCAGGGCGCACGGGGCCGGGACGGCAUGGGGAACCGCAGCGCCGCGGACGCACCCGGGCUGCUAACCUGGGCUCCCGGCGCGGCGGCCGCCCUGGCGGGGGGUGUGCUGCUCAUCGGCUUGGUGCUCGCGGGGAACGCGCUCGUGUGCGUGAGCGUGGCGGCCGAGCGCGCCUUGCAGACACCCACCAACUAUUUCAUCGUGAGCCUGGCGGCCGCCGAUCUACUCCUCGCCCUGCUGGUGCUGCCUCUGUUCGUCUACUCCGAGGUCCAGGGUGGCGUGUGGCUGCUGGGCCCCCGUCUCUGCGACGCGCUCAUGGCCAUGGACGUCAUGCUCUGCACCGCCUCUAUCUUCAACCUGUGCGCCAUCAGCGUGGACAGGUUCGUGGCUGUGGCGGUGCCGCUGCGCUACAACCUCCAGGGCGGGGGCGGGCGUCAGCUGCUGCUCAUCGGCGCCACGUGGCUGCUGUCGGCGGCGGUGGCAGCGCCCGUGCUGUGCGGGCUCAACGACGCGCACGGCCGCGACCCCGCCGUGUGCCGCCUGGAGGACCGCGCUUACGUCGUCUACUCGUCCGUGUUCUCCUUCCUCCUGCCCUGCCCGCUCAUGCUGCUGCUCUACUGGGCCACGUUUCGGGGCCUGCGGCGCUGGGAGGCGGCCCGCAGCGCCAAGCUGCACGGCCGUGCUCCCCGCCGGCCCAGCGGCCCUGGCCCGCCACCCCUCGCCGCCCUCCCGGCCGAGGCCCCGCCGCAGGCCCGCAGGAAGAGGCACCCGAAGAUCACUGGCCGGGAGCGCAAGGCCAUGAGGGUCCUUCCGGUGGUGGUCGGGGCCUUCCUGGGGUGCUGGACCCCGUUCUUCGUGGUGCACAUCACGCGGGCGCUGUGUCCCACCUGCGCCGUGCCACCGCGGCUGGUCAGCGCGGUCACCUGGCUGGGCUAUGUCAACAGCGCCCUCAACCCCAUCAUCUACACCGUCUUCAACGCCGAGUUCCGCCGCGUCUUCCGCAGGGCCAUGCGCCUCUGCUGCAGGACAAACCCCCACCCGCGCCUCAGGGGACAAGACUCCAGCCUGUGCUGGGGGGGGUUUGUCCACUAAUUAAAACAGAUAUCUUC